AUGGGAGAGAGUGACCUUGAUAAUGAUAUGAAAUAUCAGGAGCCAGCUCAAGAGGUUUCAGACAAGUGGAAAUAUUUUGAAGGUAUGGAUGGAUGUAAGGCUCGGCACUGUGAGAGGCCAGGAAAGGACAUCACUGGAGGUGCAGUCUCAUUGGCAGUUGAAUGUUCAGGACUAAUAGCUAGGUUCAAAACACAAGGCAAAACUCAUGCUGGCAAGGAUGUUGAGAAAGGAGAACAUUCCUCCAUUGCUGCUCUGACAACAAAGCUGUGUAGCCACUAUGGUAACCAAUAUGGCAGUACCUCAGAUAACUGGGAAUCUACCUACCUUAAGACUCAGAUAAACCACUCUGAUAGUUUGAAAAAAUCAGUGACCUAUGAGGAUGUGCACAUUAACUUCACUCAGGAUGAGUGGAUUUUGCUGAAUUCUUCCCAAAAGAGACUCUACAAAAAUGUGAUGCUAGAGACAUACAGGAACCUCACUUCUAUUGGGUAUAGUUGGGAAGACCGUAAUCUUGAGGAGAACUGUCAAAGUGCUAGAAAACAUGGAAGGUAUGAAAGAAACCAAAAUGGAGAGAAACCCUCUGAAUAUACUCAAUGUGAUAAAGCCUUUGCAUGUUACAGUCAUCUUGAAAGGCAUGAACAAAUUCAUUCUGCAGAGAAGCCAUAUGAUGUUAUUCAAUAUGAUGAAGCCUUUGCAGGUACCAGCUGUGUCCAAACACUUAAAAGAACACAAGAUGGAGAGAAACCCUAUGAAUGUAAUCAAUGUGGUCAAGACUUUUCCUGUAUCAGUAGUCUCCAAAGACAUAAAAGAACACAUACUGGAGAAAGACCCUACACAUGUAGUCAAUGUGGGAAAGCCUUUUCAGAGAACAGUAAUCUUCGAGUACAUCAAAGGACACAUACUGGAGAGAAACCUUAUCAAUGUAAUCAAUGUGAUAAAGCUUUUGUGAGUCGUGGUGAGUUUCACAAACAUGAAAGAACACAUACUGGAGAGAAGCCCUUUGAAUGUGAUCAAUGUGAUAAAGCUUUUUCACAGCGCUCUAAACUCCAAAUACACAAAAGAACACAUACUGGAGAGAAACCCUAUGAAUGUAAUCAAUGUGAUAAAGCCUUUUCACAACUCAGUAAUCUAAAAACACAUAAAAGACUUCAUACAGGAGAGAAACCCAAUAAAUGUGAUCAAUGUGAUAAAGCCUUUUCAAAACUCGUUAGUCUAAAAACACAUAAAAGACUUCAUACAGGACAGAAACCCUAUGAAUGUAAGCAAUGUGGUAAAGCCUUUCCAUAUAUCAGUAGUCUCCAACGACACAAAAGAACACAUACUGGAGAGAAACCAUAUGAAUGUAAUCAAUGUGGUAAAGCCUUUUCACAACUCAGCAAUUUGAAAAAACAUAAAAGAACACAUACUGCAGAAAAACACUAUGAAUGUAAUCAAUGUGGACUACAGGAAGUUCUCAAAAACCUGAACUUCAUCCUGACAAUGAGCUUGUCCUAG